AUGCGUCUGGUGAUUAUUUUCCUCCUUUCUGCCCUGCUGCCACUCUGUCUCUCCCAUGGACGGGACCCCUUCGCCUGGCUGUAUGGCCAGCGGAGCAACUAUUAUGGCGCCCUGCAGGCAGACACCACAGGAGGAGAGUGCCCCUCUGAAUGUGACUGUCCACCAUCCUUUCCUGUUGCCAUGUACUGUGAUGGACGAAGCCUGACAGCCAUGCCAACCAUCCCCUCCCGUAUGAAGUAUUUGUAUCUCCAAAACAAUGCCAUCAAAGCCAUACCUGACUCAGCUCUGACCAAUGCAACCAAUCUGCUGUGGCUCAUGAUGCACCACAACCAGCUGACAUCUGAUGCCAUUGGCAAGAAGGCAUUUCUGAAGCUGGGGGGAUUGGAGCGUUUAUAUCUGCAACACAACAAUUUGAUCAGCAUUCCUAGUAACCUCCCUCGUUCCCUGCGAGACCUGAGAAUUAACCAUAACAAGAUUGAAAAGGUAACACCUGCAGACCUAGAGGGAAUGGAUAAUCUCACUAUCCUGUAUCUCCAUGACAACGCUGUCACAGACCUGGGCACAUCAUUGAAGCCACUUGUAUCCCUCACACUGCUGGACAUCAGCAACAACCAGUUGACAAAGGUCCCAGAGGCUCUCCCAGAACAACUGCACCAACUCUACCUCGAGUCCAACGCCAUUGACUCUCUACCAGAGGGCUUCUUGGGACGCUUCAUGCAGCUGCAGUACAUCAGAAUGUCCCACAACCAGCUCACAGACAAGGGCAUCCCUGCCAACACCUUUAAUGUGACUGGGCUGGUGGAGCUGGACCUGAGCUUCAAUAAACUGGAGAGAAUCCCUCCAGUCAGCACUACACUACAACAUCUCUAUCUGCAAGCCAACCAGAUCAAAGAGUUCACUCUGGGCAGUUUCUGCAGCAUUGUGGAUGUGACCAACUUCUCGAAGUUGCGGACGCUGCGAUUGGAUGGGAACGAGAUCAGCCGCCAGGACAUCCCCUCAGACUCAUCACUCUGCCUUCGCGUGGCCUCCAACAUUGACGUUUAA